AAAUAAAGCAACGUGAUAGCAACAAGAAGGACAUUUGGCUUUAUUUUCGUCGUCGAUAUUUUCGAAUUUACGGCAUAACAUUUAUUCUCGUUAUGCUAAAAGAGAAAUCCUGUGAGAGGUAGCAUUCAUUAUGGCACAGACAAACGGUGAUUGUGUGAAAGUCCUCAAGGAUUUGCUCUCCAAGAAAUCAGGCAAAUCUCAGGGUAAGACACCCUCUGGUGCACAGCCCACAUUUUGGAUGUUUACCGUGCCAGAGGUCCCAAAGGACAACUACAAUGAGGUCUACCCAAAUAUUUUACUUGGAAACAGGCAUGUUGCCAAAGAUAAGGCCCUCCUCCAACAACUGGAGGUGACCCACGUGCUGAAUGCUGCCCAAGGUGUCAAGUUUAACCAGAUCCCAACCUCCCAGGACUUCUAUGAGGAUGUCAGUAUUCAGUACCUGGGCAUUCCAGCCAUGGACAUCUCCACUUAUAAGAUGUCCAAACAUUUUGAAGAGGCAGCUGAAUUUAUAGACAAGGCAUUAUCAUCAGGGGGGAAAGUGUUUGUGCACUGCAUGAUGGGAGUGAGCCGUUCAGCGACCCUCAUUAUAGCCUACCUCAUGAUGAAGAAGCAGAUGACUGUGACCGACAGCAUUAUGCAGAUUCGCAGCAAACGAGCCAUAUUUCCAAACGAUGGUUUUCUCCUUCAGCUGUGCACUCUUAAUGAAGAGUUAUAUGGUCUUGUAACAGCUCCAAGUUAACAUAGAAAACUUCUUCAGUAAACUGUAUGUUUGUUAUUGUGUAUAUUUGGUAAGAUUUUCAACAAAUUCCACCAUAGUACAUAUGUUUUGGCGUAUUGGAUGAAUAGUGUCUCGUCCAGACAGGUUAUUUUAUAUAUGAAUUUUUCUGUAUGCCUCUACCUUGAUUGCAUCAAACUCAU